AUGAGUGAGAAGAACACAGCCGAAAUACGCAGUCCAGAUGCAAUGGAACGUCGUCCAAGGACGUUUCUAGACCCAGAGGGUGGGACUCCUAUAGAAACCAGCCCAGAUGAAUCCUUCGACAGGCAGAGACGCCGGGCGGAAUACAGCCAUCGACCGCCGGUCUGGAAUAUAAGACCGCUCCAAAACGACCCGCUAGAACCGUCAGACUCAGAACAGAGUCCCGGUAUCCGGCCAGCUCAUCGAGAUCCGGCCGUUGCAGACGCAUGCCAGUUCUGCUUGCAAAGACUUCCAGACCCAGCUCUGCCGUCUAACAAUCCAGUCCAGCGGCCCUGUCCAGCGCUAGAAAAACCGUCGACUAUGGGAAGAUCUCUGCGAAAGACGUUCUCCUUCUUGCGAGAUCGGUCCAAACCGUCUACUUCUACCAUCCCGCCGUACAACGAUAGCCCGAUAAUAAACCAAGAUCUUAUCCUUCCACGUCUCCAGGCCCGUGGUCGGCUUCCCGAUGGCACGGUUUACGAAGAAGGCAGCACAGUAGCCACAGACAGCGACAGCUACCCUCCCUCCAAAUCCUCCUGGUCCAAAUUUACCGACUUUGUUACCAACCUGCCCUCCCGUUUAAGGGCGUCGACCCGAAGGAAUAACGUCAAGAGAAGGUCGCCAUAUCAAACCGUAGCUACGGACUCAUUGGGCUCUUAG